CAUGGCGACAAAACGUGCGCCGUCGUGCCAGAGUUAUGGGUAUAUUGGUUAAGGAAAACGGAUUAGGCAGCAACGCAGUACGAUGGCAAGCCCCUUUGUUUCAUUUCCUGCUGACCCAGGAAGUGAAAAGAAUUAAUGUCCACUUACCAGCGAGGGCACAACAUUGGCCCCAAAGCCAUCCACUAUGGACGUGUUCCCAAUGACUAAUGACAUAAGCUGGAGCCCUUGAUCCUUGGACUACACAGAUAAGGCGAUCCGAAGGUCUUGGACUUCAAGCUUGAAUGACACCCUUACAGACCCCAAAUCCACCGACAGCGGCCGUCUUGCAAUGCCAGCGCGCCUACAAUACCACGGAUUCCGAGGAUCACUAAUGGAGACGAACGAGAUGCCGAACCGCGAUGCAAUGCGGUUUAACGACUAGCGACCAAAUGGGCGGUGGAUAUGUCUUUGAGAUAGGAGUCGUGUUCGAAUGAUGCAGGGUCGAAGAGGUGGGCUUUAGAGGUACAACGGCAUCGGAAGAGAUAACCAUUACAGCAUGACGAUGACGAUUCGCCCUCCAGACAUUGAAAACAGAACUAGAAGCUAGGCUUUCUACAAGCGUAGAAUGGCGCAAACAGUAAUUUCCUUGGCCAAAUUGGACUGAGGUCAACUCACCGAGA